AUGCAAGCGAGCAAGCAAGACCGACCUGGCAGCAAAGAUGCCUCAGAAAAGGGCCUGUGGUCUUCCAUGUUGGACAGCGUUGCAUCUGGCAAGAAGUUACCAGAAAAGAACUUGAUUGUGCUUGGAGGCACUCCAGAUACGCAAAAAGAGUUUCUCGAUACCCUUGAUUCAGAGUCUCCUAAGAGACCGCAAGUAAAGAAUAAGAAGAAGCCAAUUGUCGCAAACGACUUUGCACUCGGCUACACCUAUCAGAAUGUGCUUGACGCAGAUCACGAAGUAAUCUUACUCGACUGGAAUACUCCAUGGUCGUGGGUACAGCAGCUGCGUGACUGGGUCGUUCUUUUACGAAGUGUGACGGCGUCCCUAUCCGAUCAAAGCAAAGAGGCGCUAGAAGAGGCUAUGCGGGAUUGGCAGGAGAAGAGGCGCAACGUCUCAUCCUACGAGGCUGGCGGCUCAACGGCCAGCAGUGAUGCAAACGUUACAAUACCUCUUAGCCAGGGCGAAUGGGACGAGCCCCUCGGGCUUCCUGCAUGCGUUGUCUGCCAGCAUUCCGAAAGAAUCAACACUCUCGAGAUCGAACAAAAUUGGCAUGAUGAAGAUUUUGAUUUCAUCCUUCAAUGCCUUCGCACCAUAUUGAUGAAGCAUGGAUCUUCUCUUAUCUAUAUAUCAAGCGCUUUCCCCAAUUCACUUCCUACCCUGAUCCAUUCUUCUCUUGGUAUCCAUUCGAUGCUCAAAAAGCAGGCUCUCAAACACAACGUGAUUGACCGAGAGAAGAUCCUGAUACCACCCAAUUGGGACUCUUGGGGCAAAAUUCGUGUCAUCCGCGAGGGUUUCGAUGUUGAGGGCGUCAGUAGUAAGUGGUCUCAGGAUAUCACCUCGAACCUUGGAGCAGCGUCGGGCAAUGAAAACGAAAGCCCCGAGCGCUCUUGGUCUGCACCAAAAGGCCCAGUUGUAAGCCUCUACGAGUCAACGAUUUCUGGCCCCUAUGCUUCGAAGAGAGAAGAAGCAAACAAAAAACCAGGCAUCGAAAUCUCCGUGCCGAACAUGCAAACAUUUCUCGCAUCACAACAGGAAGUUCUCGCUCGGCUGGCGGCAGAAGACGAGAGGUCCGCCGCUACCUCGGCAACAUCGUCGACUUUCAGCAUGAACACAUCUUCGACUUCCGCAAGUACUCACGACCGGAUGGCAGAUCAGAUUGGGCCUGUCCAAGUCAACAUGGGUGGUAUUCAGGUCGAUGCCGAUGAUGUUGUACGAAAGCUUCAGACGCAAUCGAAAAGGGAUGUAUCGGCAAGCAGCAGUAAAGACGGAGAUAGCACCACGCCUAAAGGCAAAGGUGAAGGUGCAACCAUGUCUACGCCAGAUAUGAAAGCGGAGAACGAGCGAAUGCAGCUCUUCUUCUCUAAUCUCAUGAAGAGAGGCUGGGGUCUAUCUGAUUCGUUGGUAAUCGCAAAUUCACUGCAGCAAACGUAA